UCGCAGUUACCGUGGGUUCUCUAGACGAUACAUAGAACUCGCCCGAUGAAACGGAAUUUGAAUACCAUCCAAAUGUUACCCAAAAACUCCAAAAGCUGCUCAGUAAAAUGCCCGAUACAAAGAGAAACAUACCACUGGACGACCAAGCAUUGAAUCCUUCUCGUCCAGCAGGAACAGUGUGCAGUUCGUCUUCCUUCUCAUCUUAUGUGGGCGAUAGAUCAUCGUUGGCAGAUGAGCGCCAGGACAUAUCUUCUUUGAAAGCUCUACAGUGUAUACUAUUUGCGGCCGCUGCAACGAAUGACCGCGAAUGUGUUGAAAUAAUCUUCAGUACCUCAGCUGGAGAAGCAGUCUUUCAAACGUACAGGAAUAGCUCUAUCUUGCCAGAAGACACUGCCAGAGCUAGGGGAAAUCAAAACUUGGCAGAAUACCUUCAAAAUGUUCACAAAAGGUUGUCAGAAGAAAUCGAUUGUAAUGUUCAGACUGUUACUAUUGAUUAGGUAGAACUCAAGCGUGCAACUGCCCAAAAGAACA